GAUUCCAAGGCUACCCUUCAAAGCCAAUUUAACCCAUGAGAUGAACAAGGUUAUUUCAACGUUUCCUAAAGAACACAUACACAUUCAUUCUUUUCACUUGAGAAUUGUAUUCUACAUACUUAUUUCCCAAAGAGGCCUUGUUUCUUACAGACCUAGAGCUUAAUGUGUACUUGGCCUGAGAGAUAGGUCAGGCUUGCUGCCUGCCCAUGGGAAUCUCACAUCCGUGGGAGAGACUGACAGUGAGUGGGGACAUGGCAACUGUGGAGCUCAGUGCUUUUACAGACACAUUCUCCACAGAGGAACUGGCAGGACAGAGGAGAAAAGGUAGAUAUGAAGGAUGUCCAUUUUUCACACUAGAGUGACUCCAGACAAAAAGAAUUGCAUUACAAAAGCAAGAAUUUAUGACAAAUCCUGUUAUUUCCAGAUUUGAAACCUGGAUUUCAGUUAUAGACUAUUAAGCUGAAAAAAAUUGGUUGGAGCCAACUUAUAGAGUCAUAUAAAUCCAAAGAAUUUAAAUAAUGCCAGCCCCACCCUUCAGUCAGCAAUAACAAUUAAAAAAAGGAUGAAGAGAAAGGAAAUGGAAAGGACUUUGAGGAGACAGAAUGUGGACAGAUGACACAUAUACAUGUACCUGAGAGAAAAGAGCAAUCACCUCACAGACUUGUACCGGAGAGACGAGACCAUCCAAGUGACAGGAAACGGCCACCUGCAGAGCCCCCGCUUCCCGAGCAGCUACCCCAGGAACCUGCUUCUGACAUGGCGGCUCCGCUCCCAGGAGAAGACCCGGAUACAGCUAGCCUUUGACAAUCAGUUUGGAUUAGAAGAAGCGGAAAAUGACAUCUGUAGGUAUGAUUUUGUGGAAGUUGAAGAUAUAUCUGAAACCAGUACAGUCAUUCGAGGGCGUUGGUGUGGACACAAGGAGGUCCCUCCGAGGAUAACAUCAAGAACCAACCAAAUUAAAAUCACAUUCAAGUCUGAUGAUUACUUUGUGGCUAAACCUGGAUUCAAGAUUUAUUAUUCUUUCGUGGAAGAUUUCCAACCUGCAGCAGCCUCGGAGACCAAUUGGGAGUCAGUCACAAGCUCUAUCUCAGGAGUAUCCUAUCACUAUCCAUCAGUAACGGAUCCCACGCUCACUGCGGAGGCCCUGGACAAAGCAAUUGCAGAAUUUGACACUGUGGAAGACCUGCUCAAACACUUCAAUCCAGAAUCAUGGCAAGAAGACCUUGAGAAUCUGUAUUUGGAUACCCCUCAUUAUCGAGGCAGAUCAUACCAUGACAGGAAGUCAAAAGUUGACCUGGACCGGCUCAAUGAUGAUGUCAAACGUUACAGCUGCACUCCCAGGAAUUACUCGGUCAACUUGAGAGAGGAGCUGAAGCUGACCAAUGUGGUCUUCUUUCCUCGUUGUCUCCUCGUGCAGCGCUGUGGAGGCAACUGUGGCUGUGGGACUGUCAACUGGAAGUCCUGCACGUGCAAUUCAGGAAAAACUGUGAAAAAGUACCAUGAGGUGCUAAAGUUUGAGCCUGGCCAUUUCAAGAGGAGGGGCAGAACGAAUAAGUACAUGGCUCUCAUUGACAUCCAGCUGGAUCACCAUGAACGGUGCGAUUGUAUCUGCAGCUCAAGACCCCCUCGAUAAAAGAAUGUGCACACACUCAUAUUAAGCAUGAACAAAAUGUUAGUUUAAAGGAGGGUGUUGUAAGAGACCCUUUCCUCACCAGCAGCCGAACUUACUACUAGCCUGCGGAGUAAUGAAUACAAGUGUUGCUGAGUGCCAACUAGCUUUGUUAGUGCCAGGGCAAGUAGAAAGAUAUAUCACCAACUUCUAUAUCCAAGAAUAUAGGAUUGCAUUUAAUAAUAGUGGCUGAGGGUAUGUGUAUAAAUAUAUGCAUAUCCUUGUCUAUGUGUACAUAGAUCAAAUGGUUUAUUCCAUAUAUAUAACCAGGUACACCAAAGCUUACAUAUGGGUAAGUUAUGUAGACCCUUAAAAUCUUUUGACAAAAUAAGGGAUAUAUUAAAUACAGAAAAUAUGUCUUUAGAGGAUUGGGAAGAGGAAUUUGUUUAUGUUUUACUUUUGAAACACAACAUAAUUUUGGAUCUUGCUCUCUCAAAGAAAGAAAUGUCUAUUAAAAACCAAUAGAUAAGUUUUUCUUCUGUAUGCAUCUGAAUUGAUUAUAAAAAAGGUUUUUGGGGAAAAGGCAAAACCUAAGCAUUUUUCCAUGAGAUAUACUACGUACUUACCUAUGUGGACCAUAAUUACCUGUCACCAAAAGUUUGCCAUAAUAAUAUAGGUGCUUGAGAAAUUGUCUUCCUUAUAUGAUUUUUGCUGAGGCAUGCUAAUUCAUUUAACACCUGUCUCGAAAUAAUUUCUCAGAAAUUUUAUUGUUAUAUUCCUACAAGAGGCAAUUUGUAAGCUGUAGCAGAAUUUUGAAUUGUUUGCUUUCCAAAAUAAAUCCUUUGGAGAGUGGCAUGGGGCUCGGGAAAAGCCUGUGAGCAUGGUGUCAUUGAAAGAUUGAGCAGUUGAAAGUCAAAAAAGUGAGUAUCAACAUAACCAGAAACUGAGUAGAAUCGCUAAUAAGAUCCACAUUUAAUAACAAAUUCAAACUUUCCAAACUGUGCCAAUUAAUUUUAUGCAUCUUGCUUUUGUUUUCCUGUCUCUUCACUAGACAGGCAUGGAUUUACAAUGGCAUUUUGUAUUUGGCAGGCCAUCAUGGAUUAUUUAUAGCCUAAAAACUUUUGUGUAUAUUGAAACAAUACAAUUUUAUUGAUGUAAAUCUCUAGUCAUAUACUUACUCACCAUUCUGAAUUCCUAUUUCUGAACUGCAUGAAGUCAGAUCUGGGGUCUCUGGUUCUUUCAAAAGCUGCAGACCUUGUUCUAAAAAAAAAAAAAACAUGCUGCAAAUUGGGGAACACAUGUUUGACCCUGCUCUAAGUUACAAAACUGUUUUUGUAAUGGUGGUUAUUACUGGUGUUUAGAAUAAAUUUUCCUCCCUGAUUCCUAGAUGUCUAUUUUAAAGGAGACAGAUUCUAGUUGGAAGUGAUUCAUCAUUCUUCAAAGCAGGACUCUUAGGAGAGCAAAGCUGAAAUCAAGAUUGCUCAUAGGCAGCUCAGAAAGAACUACAUUUUCUCCCUGCCUUGAAAGAAAAGAGGAGAGAAGAUUUCUUGUUUAGUCUAGGCUCUUACUAACUACAGCUUGUUUGGGUGAGGGUACAUGACAAGCACUUAAGUUCUGAUGACAUUUGAGUGGCCUAAAAAGACUUGGGUGUCUAAGCACAGGGUGCCCUCAGGACCAAGUCCUCAACUAUCCUUCUAGCUCAUCCUUCUCAGCUCCUUGAGAUGAAAGCCAAAGCUUAUUGAAAUGUACCUUCAAAACAUCCCUAGAAGCAGGCCUCCCUGGUGGCGCAGCAGUUGAGCGCUGGGUUGCGAAGCUGCCCGCACCCUCUGCAGCGCCGGUUCGAUCCCCGCCUGCUCCCCGGCCACCCGAGGAGGGUCCCACAUGGCGCGAAGACCUCUCCUGCCCGCUUCUCCCCUCAGCAGUGUGCUUCUCUCACCCUCCCACUCUUCUGACUGUAUCCAGUGCUUGUAUAAAUAAAUAAAAAUAAAUCUUAAAAAAAGUCUUAAAAAAAAAAUCCCUAGAAGCACUCACUGUUUUACCUCUAGUGUUGAGUGGUAAAACUGAAUAUUCUCAUGUUCAGUCAUCCAAGAUCCUAGAGCUCAACCAGAAGUAGCAGAGGCAGACAUUCCAGUAACCCAGAGAUUCUCUUCCCGUUGCGUCCACUUUGCAAGAUUUCUAUGAAAACAUCAGCUUCCUGAACCUAAAUCAAACUAUGUUACAUCAUACUAGCUUUUUCAACUCAUGUCGUGACUUUUAAGUGUAAAAAAUUAGAGUUUUCUACCCAAUUUUCAAUAAAUCUUCCUGCCUGCAAUAAGCAGGAUAGUUUUCAGUUAAAGCCUUGCCUCUACUUUUUAUUUAUUAGCUGAAAUGUAAGCAGGCAUAUUCACUCACUUUUCUUUUUUUCUUUCCUGAAGGUUUUAUUAAAACUUGUCCCUUGGUUAUCUGUUAUCUAUUGCGCUUCCAACAUGUAGCUAAUAAAUCUGUUUCAUUGCCAUCAAAGGAAUAAGAAGCUCGCUGUACAAAUUACAUUUCAAAACAAACCCUAAUAAAUCCACAUUUCUGCAUGGCUCACUCACCUGGAAUAAUGCCUUUCAUUCAAUAUGUUCUUAUAGGGCAGAACACUUUCAUAAGUGGCAUUUUUUUAUGUUUUUGUCAUAUCGGUAACGUGCAGCUUUUUCCUCUCGUAGCAUUUUCAAUAGCAAAUGUAAUAUGCCUCUUAUCUUCAUGAAAAUAAAUAUUGCUUUUGAACAAAACUACUCCAUUAUUUAGUACUCAAUUGCAGUUUUAUAAGGUGUACAGUGUUCCAAACUUACUUUCACAAACCCACAAAGCUGUUAGAAAUGACAGGUGUGAAGGAAUUCAAGGACUUGUUUGCUGAAGUUUGAAUGAGCACCAAUAUUAGUCCCAGAGGGCAGACUCCACUGCCCAUCCCAAAAAUGGCCCAGGAGGAGGGAGGUAAGACUUGGGUUUGGUUGCUCAGUUACUGAUGUUGCUUCUGUGUUGGACAAUUUUUUCCCUCAUUAGCUUCUUAAAGAAAUAUGUUCUCCUUGAUUUCCCUCCCUUAAGAGAGUUUACAACCACUGUCUUCCUUGGGUCCUAAAAUAAAUAGCAUCACAGAGGGCCUUGCUGGUGGCACAGGGCUUAAGUCUCAGUGUUAUCAAACUAUCACCAACCACUGCAGCAGGAGUUCAAACCCAGACUGGCCAGGAAGCUAACCCACAUGGUGCAGCAGACCUCUCCUGUCUCGUCUGGCUCACUGCUCCCCCUAGCAGUGUAUUUCCGUGAUCUGCCUAUUCUGCUCCCCACUCUCUGGUGACUCCUUUCACACACACACACACACACCCUUCUAGUUUAUAUACCCGAUUUCUUGUAUGCACAAAUAAAUAAAUCUUUAAAAUAAAUAGCAUCACAGACCCAUUUCCCUUAGGUCUACCUUCACCCCUUUUCCCAUCUAGAUAAACAGCCCAACUAGUAGAUCAGAAAGACCAGGCGAGGGGCUGCACUCCUCCAGAAUUGGCUUCUAACUUGUGAUGGUGAAAGAAAGCAUGAGGACAGAGACAGCAUUAGAACUACAAGAACUGUUGCUUUGGGUUGUGGCUUGGUCUUUGUCAUCAUCCUAUUGAUGACAGCUGCUUAGUGUUGGGUGAAACUCUGCUACUUUGUUUAGUGGUUUUAGACUGUUUGGAAAAAAGGAGUAGAAAUGUGUAUUCUGUGGUAAGGAUCAAUUUUACUACUGGAAGUACUAGCUGAUGUAUGAGUCAGAGUGGAAGGAGACACAGGGAAAAGAUCAAAUAGUGUUGUGUGUAGUAAUUCAGAUAACUUGGCUUUCUAUGUAAAAAAUCAUUCUGACCAUGUAUAUAAACAGCAUUUUAAUAUAUACAUUAAAAUUUUUAU